AUGUUCCCAGAUGCGGGACAUUCGAAGGUCGUGCACGGUAACUAUCUCUGUGAAAAGUGGCAAUCCUUCCGACCCCUUUUGUCAUAUUACUCCCCAGUUCAUCAUGUUCUUGAAUCUAUCAAAUACCUCGCACCACAAGUCAGAGCAUCAGAGACUCUGAAUGCGCCUUCUGGAGAUGCUGUUCCUCGACCAAGAACAUUGAAGCCGCCGUGUAACCAUGGCAGAUUCAUGACUUGUCGGCAUUGA